UGACAAAAGUCGCGUUGAAGUGAGGAUGUCAAUUUCUUCUCUAGAGUAGAAGAAUAAAAAUCUAUUUGUUUAUAAACACUUAUAUUUGUGGUAUAUUGUACAUGAACAUUAAAUGUGAAAGGUAUACAGUUAAUAUUUACAAGGAAUAAAUUGAUGUGUUGAUGUACCACGAACCGCGACAAUAAACGUUAAAAAAUUAAUGUGAUUGUAAAUGUUUUGAAAGACACAAGAUUUCUACUUUUUAAUUUCACAGUUGCAGGCGAUGAAAUGAAUUUUAUUGGAAGUAAAAUUUUUACUGCUUUUACACGGACCAAAUUUAUCUUAACCUUUUCUCAAUUUUACUAGUUGUUAUAUCAGAAAGAAUAAAGCAAUAUAGCGCAAUUGUAUCGUUUACUGCUCGCCUAAAAUUUCAGCAAACAAAAUAGAAACCAACGAGUGAUUUUUGAGUAUGUCAGCUUUUAUGGGCUACGGUACCGGGUAUGAACCGUUAUACUACCCGACUCAGGUAUCGAGAGCACCAUACGUACACGAGCCGUGGAAGCAUGGUACAGCACAUAUUGAAAAUGAAUAUGGUAGUCUACAAAAAGGACUGCAUGGUGAAGUUGGAUGCUCUCUACCUUAUUCGAAUGAAGUACAUAACGAGAUGACAGCCAAUCUAUAUCCAACGUCAGAAGAAAUUAAUGGAAAGGAGUUACAUAAAAUUCGAGAAAGAACUGAAUCACAGUGCGAUGGUCAUGAAAGCAAUGGCCCGAAAUACGCUUACGUUCAAAAUGAAACUGCGGAUUCCGUACCAACAGAGUAUUCUCCAGAUAAACACUAUGCUAACCAUUCAAUCGAAAGCGAUGCAAACCAGUCGGAACCUUCAGGGAUACCGUCAGAUUCUACAUACCAAGCUUAUCACCACGUUUCGGCACAGGAUCAGUAUGUAUGUCAUACGGACAGUGUUAAAUCCGAUAGUCGAGUAAACGACUAUCCUAGUUCUGAAAAUCGAAUCAAAAGCCCAAGUUACAAUGCUAUGAAAGUCGACAGAAACAGGACGUACACAGCAAUUUCAUCUGACGCCGGUACUUCAUAUCCAUUCGCCCUGCCUGAACAUACGGCGAGCUCUCCCUCCAACACGGAUACAACUUCUGCCCCUUCAGAAAGUUCCGCUUAUGCGAUGGGAGGUUUGAAUGGAACAACAGUACAGGUAUCUAAAGACGAUGGACAGCUGAUAGCUAGCAUACGCCAAAUCCCCAGUUAUCUAGAAAGCAACACCGGACACGGACACGAAUAUUAUGCAAUGAAACCUUCGGUUGACCAGAGCCAGAGAAAUUGUGUUCAGCCGUCAGAACAAAUUACAAAAUCUCCAGAAAAGCUGAUCGAUCAUCAACCUCAUUUUUCAGAACAGAUCGGAUCAAGAAUUUCGCCUGAAUCAUACUAUGAUAAUCAAACAAUAGGUCAUCAUUCUAGCGACUCAUCUUACUUGAAGCCAACGCACACGAAUGGAUAUAAUACAUUUGACAUGAGCCAGCAUUAUCCAGGAACAUUUGAUGUCCAUUCAUCCGGAUAUGCAAGCACUUCUCAUUAUUCCCAACGUUUUCCGUACACUUACCCAGGGACAGCAUUUCACCCCUCACUUCAGCCAAAGCCAUCCCUUCCUCACGCCCAUCAGCCUCGCCUUGCAGUUGAUUACAGUGGGUUUCCAACAGUGGCAGCCACUCCAGAUAUGAUUACUUUCGGGCAUACGCCAUCGUAUCCCCAUUCUAUGCCGUACGGUACUAUAUCUCCAUACCAUCAUCCACACCAUUUGAAUUCUCGCAAAAGGAGAAAGCCGUACACAAAAUUUCAACUCCAAGAGCUCGAAAAGGAAUUUUUGGCAAACGAAUUUAUCAGUCGAGAAUUAAGGUUACAAAUCGCAAAGCGUGUUUUCUUGAACGACAGACAAGUAAAAAUAUGGUUCCAAAAUCGAAGAAUGAAAAAGAAGAGAAUGAACUUGCGGGAAAAGAAUGCGCAAAAGAGAAGCAGUGAUAACAGUGAAGAUGAUGCAGAAUGAAUUCCCCUCUUAUCUGCAAAUCAUACGAAAGCAAAAUGCAGCACAGAAACGCCUGUGUGGUUUUGUAUCUUUGGAUCGUACCGCGCCGUUAAAAAGAACUGUCAUCGGGGCUGAUAUUGAAUCACACGGAACGAUUGCGAUACUUGGCCAAGAAUCUGAUCAGAAAAUUUGAACUGCUUUUGAUAAUAACGUCUAUUUUCAACCUCAAUUGCUACUUUACUCUAUAAUGGUUGUAAUUUUUUGUUAACUAUGUGUUAUUUUAACACAGAAUGAAAGCAGAAUGUAUAACCAUUUAUAGUUUAUGAUUUGUGCCAAACUAUUUGUAUUGAAAUUAAUUCAUUUCUGUAAUAUUUUUUUUCUAUUCAUAUUUCUCAGCAAUUUCCAUGGCCUUUCGUUAUACUACUAUUAUACAUACUUAUUUUUAUCACGUAUUUAUUGCCUUUUUUGUUUUACAUCUUCAAAACUAUGAAUAUUUUCAAAAAAAAAAAAC